GGCUCCAGGGAUGAGGAGGAUCCUUCAAGUGAACUGGUGUGGCCACUGCUCCUGGAAGCUCAUUGACUGACCCUCAGCUAGCUGCUUCAAUUGGCUACACUCUGCCUCUUCAGGAGGCCCUGGAGGUAUAAAUAACAGAGCAAGCCAGGCAGGUCCGUUUGGCCCUGUGGACGGAGCCUGAAUGCACUGAUAAUCUACAAGGACAAUGAACCUCGUGCUGGGCCUGGGCCUGUUUCUGGCAGGUCUCCUUGCUGUGAAAGGUCUCCUGCAGGUUAGGGAUCCACUAGAAAUGUAUGACUCUCCAAGCAAGGUCCAAAAGUGGAGGGGCAAGAAGGAAGCCAGAGAACUGGCUCGACACAACAUGCAAUUUGGCUUCAAGCUGCUCCAGAAGUUGGCCAGAAACACCCCUCGGCAGAACAUCUUCUUGUCUCCACUGAGCAUCUCUACUGCCUUCUCCAUGCUGUCUCUGGGGGCCCAGAACUCCACACUGGAAGAAAUCAAGGAAGGUUUCAACUUCAAGGAGAUGGAGGACAGGGACCUGCACACAGGCUUCCACUACAUCCUUCAAAAGUUCAACCAGAGGACGCAGGACGUAGACUUGGACCUAGGCAACGCCUUGUUUAUGGACCAGAAGCUGAGGCCCCAGCAGAGGUUCCUGAAACUGACUAAGAGUGUGUAUGAUGCGGACCUGGUGAGGACCAACUUCCAGGACUUUGAAAAUGCUCAGAGGGAUAUCAACAGAUACAUCAGUCAGAAAACCCACAACAGAAUCAACAACCUGGUCAAAAACAUCGACCCAGGCACGGUGAUGCUUCUUGCAAACUAUGUUUACUUUCGAGGCAGGUGGCAGCAUGAAUUUGAUCCGAAACAAACCAAAGAGGAAGAUUUCUUCGUGGAGGAAGGCAAGACCGUGAAGGUGCCCAUGAUGUUCAAAGGGGGCAUGUAUGACAUGGCUUACGACAAGGAGCUCUCCUGCACCAUCCUGGAAAUGCCCUACCGAGGAAACAUCACAGCCACCUUCGUCCUUCCUGACAGGGGCAAACUGGAGCAAGUAGAGCAGGGCUUGCAGGCAGACAUCUUUGCCAAAUGGAAAAGCCUACUCUCAAAAAGAGUGGUAGAUGUGUGGGUGCCCCGGUUCCACAUCUCUGGUACUUACAACAUGAAGAAGGUUCUUUCCCACCUCGGCAUCAGCAAAAUCUUUGAGGAGCAUGGUGACCUCAAGAGGAUCUCAUCUCAUCGCAGCCUGAAAGUGGGAGAGGCUGUACACAAGGCUGAGCUGAAGAUGGAUGAGAAGGGCUCAGAAGGGGCUGCAGGCUCUGGAGCCCAGACGCUGCCCAUGGAGACCCCACGAAAGAUGAAGAUAGACAGGCCCUUCCUGAUGAUGAUUUAUGAGCGUUUUAUGCCUUCCAUGAUCUUCUUGGCGAGGAUUUAUGAUCCCAGUGGGAAAUAAA